AUGAUUGUGGAGGAACCUUACCACAGACCAACAUGCUCUUCUCGAAAUUUAAGCACCAAAUCAUUGAUCCUGCAACAGCAUCUUAGCCACAACAUGGACCAUCAUACUUCUGUUUGCAAUUGGGUUGGUGUCUCUUGCGCAUCUAGCAUAGGAGAGUCCAACACUUUGAAUCUUACCAACAUGAAUCUUACGGGAACUGUCCUCCACAAUUGGGAAAUCUCUCGUUUUUAUCUAUCUGGUAGCUUACCAGAAAAUAUAUGUCGCCAUUUUCCCAAUCUUGAGGUACUUUACUUGACCUCAAAUGAGUUUUUUGGUCAAAUUCCAUCUAGUAUAGAUGAAUGCAGGUGUCUUCAAAAUUUGUCAUUAAGUAUCAAUAGAUUCAGUGGCAACAUUCCAAGGAGUAUUGGAAAUUUAACGAGGCUCAGAAUGCUAUACUUGGGUGGAAAUAAUUUGGAAGGUGAGAUCCCUUCUGAAAUUGGAAAUCUUUUGAGCUUGGAGAUAUUUGCUGCCCAAAAUAUGAGCCUUGUUGGUCCAAUGCCAGCUUCCAUCCUGAACCUUUCUUCCUUGAAAGAAAUUUAUCUCUAUAACAAUAGUAUCUCUGGCAGUAUUCCCUCAAAUAUUGGUGCUUGCAGCAAUCUUCAAAAGUUAUCAUUAUCUUUUAAUCGGUUCAAUGGAUUCAUUCCAAGAAGUAUAGGAAAUUUAACCAAACUUGAGGAGAUAUAUCUAGGAGAUAAUGAUGUAGAAGGUAAGCUUUUGCAUUUGAUUAUUUAGAUUUCAAUUGAUUGAUAUUUAUUACUAUUUAUAUUAGAAAAAGAAUAAAAAGAAAU